AUGCCUGAUUUUUUGACUGUACCCGGUCCUGGCUUGGUGGCUACGAGAAAAAUGAGCGGCAGUGACAGUUGCCUUCAUCAGAUCGACAUCCCAUCAGAAGGUUUAUCCAAAAAAGCGCACAAAGAAUGGAAUUUUUUCCCCCGCAAGUUCGACUUUCAUUUACUCGACAUUUUGCGGAAAAAUUACUCCUUUGUCCGAGUCCUCGCCGAUAUCGACAAAGAACAAGAGAUCUCUGAGGGAAGAGAAAGAGAGAAAAACAUGGUGAGCAACCCAUUGGGACGGAGAGUUGACGCCUCGCCUCGGCCAUACAAAAGAAGAACGAAAUCUCCGUUCAAAUUAGGCGCCGACGAAAGCACGAGCAUCUCGUCGAUUGAUGAACAAAAUGAUUGUACAAAUGAACCCUCGACUUCGGUGUGGUCACAAGUGAGAAAAGAGGGACGAAAUAUUUUGGAUGAUAUCGUUGAAGCGUUUGAGACCCCGCGCGGUGAAGAGGCUCGUCUCCUCGAGGGAACUCGUUUAAGCGCUCUCCAAUUGAGAAAAGAUAUUCGACGAUGUUACGCUGCCAUGCAUCCAUUCAUUCAAUGCGCUGCCGCUUUGUAUGAUUUGCUUCUAUGGAAAAAUCCAUUGUCCACGCUGUUGUUGAUGCUGGUCUUCUUCUACUCUCUUUAUCGUGGCUGGCUAGCCUCGCUUCUCAUCGCUCUCAUCUACCUUCAAUUCUCGUUAAAUUAUUUGAAAGCUAAACAUAAAAUCGAUAUCGGAUUGAACUUCCUCCCACGGAAAGAUGUACCAAUGCCAAAGUUUGAUCUCACUGGAGCCCAAGUAAUCUACGAGGUUGCCAAAAUUGGACAACAUUUGCUAGGAUUUGCUGCAGAUUUCCUGGAGAAAUUGAAUGCCCUCGUAACAUGGAAAGAUUUCAAAGUGAGCCGAGUGUUCUUUGGCUUGUUAAUCUAUUGGCUAUUUUGGUCUCUUCUUUUCAAUACGGGCACAUGCAUUGGAUGGUGUGUAGCAGCUCUGGGCAUUCGAAUCUUUUUUACCACGUUUCUCUUCGAGAAAUUCCCCCGUUUGCGCAAUCGAUUGGAUACUUUUGGAUAUUUCUACCGUAAUCUUCCGAUAAAGAAAAAGCUCAAAGAUGAAAGAAGAGACGAUUUCGAGUCGAUUACAACAUCCACAACAACAAGAGCUUCAUCGUCACAGUUGAGGGACUCAAACCGAAAUCUCUACACCUCAGACUCACGCCUGAACUCACAACAAAAAGCCGUCAGUACAAACGAAAUUGACUUUGACUCAAAAGCGAAUAGUACACUCACUCAUUCAACAACAAGUGUGUUCUCCUCAUCGACAAUGAAUCGACCACCACUCACUCAACAAAAAUCAGUCCCAAUAUUGAGGCUUGAAUCUGAAAGCUCAAAAGAGAAUGACGAGGAAAGUCUCGAGAACGAAGAUCCGAUGAUCGACAAUGUGAUCUCGUUACGAAGUUGUGUCCUUCACGAUAAAGAGAAACGCUUUCCAAAGGGGAUCACACACGGGAAUCUUUAUCUAACUGACAGGGCAAUAAUUUUCAAGCAACGAGGAAAAGAUGAAGAGCUUUUACUAGUAAUGUUGGAGGAUUUGAGGAUCGUCAAAAAGAUCUCUUCUUUGAACACUUUGACACUAAUGGCGAAAACGAGAAAAUCGAUUGAAAUCGAAGCCGAUGGAAGAAGGAAACCUUUGCAAUUUAUAGGUGUUGGGAAUCGAGACGAAUUUGUGAAACGACUUGAGAACGCUUCGAGGAAACACGAGCGACAACAUAUUGAACGGCAAAGAAGUGACAGGCGAGAUCGAUCUCCGCAAAGAGCACACGAAUGGUUCGGAAAGGACGGGAUUUCCCCCAGAAGAGUUGCAAAACGAAGUAGAGAACGAUCAAAUCUUCCGAUGAGCCCAAGAAUGAAGAAAGAGGCUCGACAAAUCUCAGCAUCUCCAUCAUUAAACGUGGAUACGCCAGUCUUCAACGACGAAAAGGAGAACUUGCUUUUAAAGGAGGAUGACAAUGAUUUGCCAAAUAAUAGUAUUAGUAGUCCUUGUUCUUCAGACUCUUCUGAAGCCUUUGUUAAGACGCAAAUGGCUCAUGCGAAGAUUCAUCAAAUUGCUACGCCAACUGCUGCAAAUUUGAGAACUCCAAAGAUCGAUGUGCUUUCGCCGAAGGAAAAAUCACCGUCAACUCCGAUUUCUGAGUUGAUAGAAGUGGCGAGCCAAGUGACGGAGGAUUCAAAGGCCAAAUCAAGCGAACAGCCGAAGUGUGAAACAGCCCAAAAACCCGUGCCUUUUCGAAUCCCCAAGAAGACACAGCAGCGAGAAAAUGAAAUCGGCUCUGGAUCUUAUGGGAAAGUGUUCAAAGGACGUCACCGAGACACUGGGCGUGAAGUGGCCAUCAAAAAUUUGUCACUUGAAGGAGAGAAGCAAGGAUUUCCACUGAGUGCGAUUCGGGAGAUUAAGACUUUGCGCUUGUUGAACCAUCCAAAUGUGGUGCAAUUACUCGAUGUGGUCACGGACUCAAACCAAAAUAUUAGGAAUCCAGAAAGCGAAAUUUUCUUGGUCUUCGAGUACGUGGAACAUGAUUUGAAAGGGCUACUCGAAUCUCACUAUUUGCAACUUAACUUCACCCAAGCGGCAGCACUUUUUCGGCAAUUGUUAGAAGGAUUAUUAUACUGUCAUGAGCAUAAGGUCGUACACCGAGACCUAAAGCCAUCAAAUAUUCUUUUAAGCAAUAGGGGCACUCUCAAGUUGGCAGAUUUUGGAUUGGCGCGGCAAAUUGAUCCGGAGAACACGCGCCCAUACACGAAACAAGUAGUCACUUUAUGGUACCGUUCUCCCGAAUUGUUGCUUGGUGAAGAAAAUUAUGGGCCUAGUAUAGAUAUUUGGAGUGCCGGCUGCAUCCUCUUCGAGUUUUUUUCGCACAAGCCGUUGUUCCGUGGAGACUCCGAGAAAGUACAGCUCGAUGAAAUUUCAAAGGUGUGCGGCUCGAUGAUCUCAAGGGUGUGGCCAGGUGUAACUCUUCUUCCAUCCUACAAUAUGGUUCCGAAGCAACACUUUGAGAGACGAUUGAGGGCAAAUAUUCAAAAAUGGAUGCGUCUUCCGGAAGCUGCCGCUGAUUUAAUCGACAAGAUGUUGACUCUAGAUCCAUCAAAGCGACUAACGUGCAGAGAAGCCCUGGACCAUCGAUUCAUCGCCGGCAUCAAUUACAGACGUCUGGAGCCUCUCGUUUUGCCGGCUGAUCACGAAUGCAACGAGCUAUGGCUGAAGAACGCCCGCAAGGAAGGGAGU